CCCACAUGUUAGCUGAAGGGCAAGCUUGUCAGUGUCGACUUGGUUGAAUUAACGAAUCAAUGGCAAAUUCUGUUGCCUUCCGCUUUCCUGGAUCCAUUCCUCGGCGCUGGAAUGAGACCAACCUCUUCCCCCAAAAACAUGUGUUCCACAACUGAUGCAUUAAGUGGCGCGCCGGCGCUUGCAGAUCGGAUCAUAGACAUUGAGAUAGUCCGCUAAUAGCCAGCCGCUGAGCUACGGCGCCAGUAGCUUUGACGAUGGCGGGAUCAAGAAAGCUUUGCCCGAAUAGCAAUCAAUAAAGUUCAUGGUCUGUUUGUUGAGAGUGGCACGACCCCCUCACUCGCUACAUGUCUUAAACCUCUUCACUCGAUCCAUCACCACACGCAAAUACACUGAUACCCGCAUUUGCCAUCGCGCGACAAUUCGGCUGCUUCUUAGUGACCGCGACAGGCUGCCUCCGGUGCUAUAAAUUAUGCUCGACAUUGCCAUCAUCGGCGGCGGUAUCGCUGGGCUCACGGCCGCGAUCGCACUUCGACGUGCUGGUCACCCCGUGACCAUCUACGAGAAAUCGGCACUGAACAACGAGGUUGGAGCUGCGAUCAAUGUGCAAACUAACGCGUCGCGCCCCCUCCUGGCGCUCGGUAUGGACCCUGUACGAGCUAGGUUUGUGACAGCCAAGGGCAGCCGGCGGGUGAUGGGGGACACCCUGCAACCAGUCCACGAGCUUGACCUGGGCGCUGUCGCCAAGAAGUAUGGCUCGCCGUGGUACUUUGCACAUCGCGUCGACUUGCACCAGGAGCUGAAGCGAAUGGCGACGGCGGAUGACGGGGGGCCGCCGGUUACCUUCAAAUUGAGGAGCGAAGUCACGAGCUACGACCCCGACGGGGCUCGGUUUACCCUCCGCGAUGGGACUAUCGUUUCCGCAGACCUAGUCGUCGUCGCGGACGGCAUCCACAGCGGCGGGGUUGAAGCGAUCCUUGGGUCGCCCAAUCCUGCGUUUCCCGGGGCGCAGGACAACUUCUGCUAUCGGUUCCUCAUUCCGAUGGAGCAUGUGACGUCCGAUCCGACAACGUCUGAGCUGCUCGGGGGCCCUGGAGAAGGCGUCAGGAUGUUCCUCGGGGACGGGAAGAGGAUAGUAACGUAUCCAUGUCGAAACGGCGAGGUUCUCAACUGUAUCGCCAUAUUCCAUAAUGAGGUCGGCUCAUCUAGUAAAGAAGACUGGCAUAACUCGGUCGAAAAGUCUCACCUCGUGGGUCGCUUUUCCGACUUUCACCCCGCUGUGCUUUCUCUUCUAGAAAAAGCGGACGAAGUCAAGCAAUGGCCGUUGCUAUAUAGGGCCCCCAUUUCGACGUGGAGGAAAGGCCGAAUGAUUCUCAUUGGUGAUGCCGCUCAUCCAAUGCUUCCCCAUCAGGGCCAAGGAGGCGCCCAGGCAAUAGAAGACGGUGUUGCUCUCGGGGUUUGUUUUUCCAAUGUCACAUCGGCGGUCGAGGUCCCGGAGAGGCUCAAAAUCUUUGAGGGGAUCCGCAGGAACAGGGCCAGUGCAGUGACAGUAUUCAGUAAUGCGGCGCAGGACGAGGCAAGCAAGAUCAGAGAGGCUGCGUCUGAGUUCGUCCCGGCCGAUCGCAUCCCAACAAGCCCAGAGGGAUUCUACGACUUCCACUUUGACUACGAUAUCUUGGAGGAUGUAGCUCACCACAUGAGAACGAUUGAUCCCCAGUUUAAGCUUCCAGAGUCGUUUCUUCGGUCGGGAGUGCCCAAGCUGGCGGUAGUGUAAGGAGGCGACAUGGUCGAGUUGGAUGCAUGCAAAUAAACCUACCGGUGGGCUAGCACGAAUUGGCAUUGGAUACUGAAUCUAUCUAUACGUAUGAAUGGGAUCGAUUCCACUCGACCGGGAGAUGCAUUCCUCUGGUGGAAGUUUGUCCGUCGUGACUGCGUCUUUUCUAUCUCGCCGUAGGAAUCGUGAGUGCGAGAUUCGGGGAGACGGAGAGAGAGACGGAGAGAGAGACGGAGAGAGAGACGGAGAGAGAGACGGAGAGAGAGACGGAGAGAGAGACGGAGAGAGAGACGGAGAGAGAGACGGAGAGAGAGAAGGAGAG